CAAACAUAAGAGCCGUUUCAGAGGGCGGGUAGAUAUGGAAUUUCACCAUACGUCACCGUUUGUAGACUAAAGUCUCGACCUCACCAAACCAACCUCUGUUCCGUAUAGUCACUGAAGCGAAGACUCCAACAUUUCUUCUCCGCAGAAAUGGCUCGAGAUUUAGGAUUACUGGUCUUAGCGGUUUUGGUGCUGGCGGCGUGCUGCGAAUCGGCCGUCUUCAGUCCGGUGUCGGAAUCUCAUCGAUCUGCGGCAUUGGAGCUCUUUUCUCCGACUGAUGGAUCUUAUGGAAGUUUGGAGGAGACAUAUGAGGCUUUAAAGACAUUUAAGGUUCUUGGAAUUGAAAAGAAGCAUGAUAUAAGAACUUCAUCUUGUGCUUCUGUGGCGGACCCCUUAAAGUCUACAUCUUCAGCUUUAAAGGAUUUAUUCCAUGCAUUAAGGGUUAACAGCAUACUGAAGUGUGAGCUCAAUAGUGAAGCUUUACGGGGAACUGAGUCUAGACUUAAGGGCUCUCUAAAUGGUGCCAAUUCACUUAUUGAUUUUUACUAUUCCAUUGGAGGAUUAGUGUUUCUGAAGGAACAUGCGUCUGAAGUGGAUGUUCAUCUCGGAGACGCUGAUAGAAUUUUUCGCUCAAUAAAGGCUCUUGGUCAGAGUGAUGGAAAGUGGCGUCUUAGUUCCAACAAUCCAGAGUCUAGUAACAAUGCUGCUGGGAUAGCACUUGAAACCCUGGCUGGAGUUAUUUCUUUAGCAACUCCUCAGAUUGAUCAUUCCCUGAUUACAACUCUGAAAAGUGGCAUCCUGAAGCUCUUUGAUGGUAUUGAAAGAUACGAUGAUGGGACUUGUUACUUUGAUGAGAAACUUGUCGGUGCACGGGGACAUCAGAGUCCUCUUUCAGCCUCUGCAUCAGUGGUCCGUGGAAUCGCAGCCGUUGCAGCAGCUACAUCUGAAAAUUUAAAUCUUCCUGGGGAGAAAAUUUUGGGCUUGGCAAAAUUUUUCCUUGGUGUUGGAAUUCCUGGAAGUAGCCAAGAUUUGUAUCACCAAAUUGAUGCCUUGAGUUACUUGGAAAACAUUAGGGGAUCCACUCCUCUGAUUUUAUCUCUGCCCGCUACUGUCAUUUCAGUUACCAAGAAAGAUCAACUUAAGGUUCGGGUCAGCACUGUAUUGGGUUCUCCUGCUCCUACUCUGUCAGUCAGGCUCAUGCAGAUUUUUAUCUCUGGUUCAAAAGAUGCUUCUGUCAUUGACCAGAAGCUAAAGUUUGAUGCAGUAAGUGGAAUGCACGUCUUGGAAACCUUGCCAAAAAAUGUUGAUGUUGGGAGCUAUGUUUUUUCUUUUGAGGUUAUAUUUGACAAUCCAGAACAUAAGAAAACCUAUGUGACUGGCGGGCGAACUAAAGUGCUUGUUCAUAUAACUGGAGUUAUCAAGAUUGACAAUGCAGAGAUUGUAAUACUUGAUGGUGAUCACGGGAGUAUAGAGACCCAGAAAAAGCUAAAGUUACCAGGUGAAAAUGCUGUUGCUUUAUCAGCUAAUCAUCUCCAGAAGUUGAGGUUAUCCUUUGACUUGACCACUCCUUCUGGAAAUGCUUUCAAGCCUCACCAGGCAUUCCUCAAAUUGCGACAUGAAAGUGGAGUUGAUCACAUCUUCUUGGUGGGAAACUCAGGGAAGAAGUUUGAGAUAAUACUAGAUUUCCUGGGGCUAGUUGAAAAGUUUUUCUACCUAUCUGGUAGAUACGAUAUCCAACUCACAGUUGGAGACUCUGACAUGGAGAAUUCUUUCUUGCAACCUCUGGGCUAUGCUGAAUUAGAUCUCCCUGAUGCACCUGAAAAGGCCGCUCGUCCUCCUCCACAACCUGUUGACCCAUACUCUAGAUAUGGGCCUAAGGCGGAGAUCACUCACAUAUUCAGGGCUCCAGAAAAGCGGCCCGCUAAGGAGCUUUCUCUUGCUUUCUUGGGCCUUGUACUCAUACCAUUUUUUGGUUUCUUGGCUGGGCUCGUUCAGCUUCGUGCUAACCUCAAGAAUUUCCCAAAAUCAACUGUCCCUUCAACUUUUGCCAUUCUCUUCCAUCUGGGCAUUGCAGCAGUUCUGGCACUCUAUGCAUUGUUUUGGUUAAAGUUGGACCUAUUCACGACAUUGAAGGCACUUGGCUUGUUGGGAAUGUUCUUGAUGGUUGUGGGGCACAAGACACUAUCUCAUCUUGCAUCUACUUCGUCCAAGUUGAAAUCCUCAUGAAAGUGGCAAUUCUUAUUCUGAGAGUUUCAAGUAAAGGAAGCUGCUCAAAGAGAACUCGGUUUGAAAUCUACUUCUAUCUUGUUCGAGUGUUGAGUCUGAUUACUAUAUCACGUAAUUGCACCUACCUAUAUUUCCCGACACAAUUUUGAUAUUUAUAUGGAUUAGCUAGUUGCAUUACCUGUUCUGUUGAGAGAGUGAUAGGCAUAUAUAUAUGUCUGUUUAAGACGAAGGAAGAUGUAGCUUAAUCUGAUUCUCAUACAGCAGGAGAUGGCUUAGUAGAUGACCUUUUUAUUGGUCGUAAUGUAUUCAAAGCAGAUAUUUAGAUUUUACUCGAGAUUAGAAUCAUCAUUUUUGGUGUC